AGUGGUGAUGGAAAGAAAUCGCCAUCUGCAGGAGUGGGCGCAGGUGCAACUACAGGACCAUCUCGAUUUGGAUCCGGCUCUUCGAAAUCUACUCAUUCAGCCAAGCCAGACUCGCCCAAAAAAGAGAGCAAAGGGAAGCUUUUUGGAUUUGGGAAGAAAGCUUCCGCCAAGUCGCCCACAUCUCCACCACCGGUAGGCAAAUUGAAGUAG